UCUUCCCUGAAUUUUUUUGAAAGAAUGAAUUUACAGAAUAUAUGUUUGUUGUUUCUUGUGCUCCUUUUGUUAUUCAUCAAUAUCACACAAGGGCAGCUUGAAAUCGGAUUCUACUCCCAAACAUGCCCUGAUGCGGAGUCCAUCGUCAAAUCUGUUGUGAGUGAAGCUACUCUCGAGGAUCCAACAAUGCCCCCUGCUCUUCUACGACUCCAUUUCCACGACUGCUUUGUCGAGGGUUGUGAUGGUUCAAUCCUGAUUGAGGACGGAGCUGACUCAGAGAGGAGAGCGUUUGGACACGAAGGCUUAAGAGGUUUUGAACAGAUUGAGAAAGCGAAACAGGAGAUUGAAACUCAGUGUCCCGGGGUUGUGUCGUGCGCCGACAUCGUCGCCAUGGCCGCUAGAGAUGCUGUGGCUCUGGCUAGAGGGCCAAAUUAUGCAGUUGAAACCGGAAGAAGAGAUGGAAAAGUUUCAUCCCUAAAGCUUGCUAGUGAUAUGCCUGAUGUUAAUGACUCAAUUGAAACCCUCAAGUCCAAGUUUAAAAAUAAGGGUCUUUCAAAUCAAGAACUUGUUAUCCUCAGCGGAGCACAUACCAUUGGGACGGCUGCAUGUUUCUUUAUGCCGAAGAGACUAUAUGAGUUUAAUGAGACAAAUGAUUCGGAUCCUCAGAUUAGUCCUAGAUUUUUACCGGAGUUGAGACGGAUGUGCCCGAAGAAUGGAGAUAUUAAUGCUAGAAUCUCUAUGGAUCUAGUGACUAAGGACAAAUUCGACGAUCAAAUUAUGCGGAAUAUCAAGAAGGGGUUUGCAGUGUUAGCAUCGGAUGCUAGACUAUACGAUGAUCGUUUGACCAAACAGGUGGUGGAUUUGUAUGCCGAAGGCUCGCAAUUUGCACAAGAUUUUGCUAGGGCGAUGGUGAGAAUGGGUCGGAUUGGCGUGAAGUUGGGAUCAAAUGGGCAUAUUAGACGAAUUUGUAGUGCAUUUAAUUGAGACAUUUGUUGUGAGUUUUGGACGACAAUAAUGCAUAUCACAUUGUAAUUGUAAUCUAAUACUGCUAAAAGAGUUAUGAAUCCCAUGUAUAGUUGGGCUCUAAAAAGUUCAUUUUUUUUUAUGCAUGUA